UUCACUGUCCCUGCCGUGUGUCGGUUUACGCUCACACUGCUAGUGUAUGUUUUACAGCACUGGGGGAUGGAGUAAAAGAAAGAAAGCAUGGAUCCCAUUGAAGAAAAAACAAGCAAAACGGUCGACAUUUAUCGCGACACAUGGGUCCGCUUCUUAGGCUAUGCCAAUGAGGUCGGGGAGGCUUUCCGUGCUCUAGUGCCGAAGAGUUUCGUGUGGGGCAGCUAUGCAGUGGCCACUGUAUACGUUACUGCUGAUGCUGUGGACAAAGGGAAGAAAGCCGCUGUGGCCCACGGGGAUAACCCAGGGAAGACGACGCGGGUAGCGGUGGCUGUGGUCGACACGUUCGUGUGGCAGGCCCUCGCCUCUGUCAUCAUCCCGGGCUUCACCAUUAACCGUGUGUGUGCUGCGUCACUGCACCUGCUGGGGAAAACCACCAAGUUGCCCCUGCCUGUCCGCAAGUGGACCACCACGGCUAUAGGCCUGUCCACAAUCCCCUUCAUCAUCUCUCCUAUUGACAGGGGAGUGGAUUACCUGCUUGACGCGAGCAUUCGGAAGGUCUACAAUGAGGAAGAGAAGCACAAAUAAGGACUGAUCCUGUCGACAUACUGUAGACCUGCGCUGGUUCUCCACUCUGUGAAGCACUAAAGAAGACGUGUGAAGAAUCAUUUCAUAGAGCAAUAAUCCACAGUUACGUAGUCAAAGAAACGCAUAUUAAACUAUAUUUUCCAGAUAUAAGUAUGUAACGGUUUUAAAGGUGAAGUCCAGCUCCAUGAAAAUCUUUGGGAACCUUGAUUUUAACCUCUCAGGGCAAUCUGGAUAGCGACACCAAUAUAUUUACAGUAUGAAUUAUGUUUAAAUAUUCACAGUUAAAACCCUGCGUUAUAUGUUAUUCUCCGGCAGGGGUACAGUGUGCGGUUAUAUGGUUGUGAUCUUCCUCACAGACAAAUCCUCCACAGUUGUCCUCAUGGUUUAGAGUUCUCGCCUCAUGUCCAGAUGUUAAGGACAUUAAACACAAAUCCUCACUUGCUGUUUUUCUGUAGUACUGUAACGCCAUGCCAACAAAAAAAGCCAGUUUGCCAUAAGAUCACUCUUAUGCGUUUCUUACAUAAAGUUUAUCUAUGACUGUUUUUUUUAUUUCUUUCUGAAAACAAGCCUUACUGUUACUUUGAAGAGUGUUUCUAGUGUUUUCUGACUUCUCAUUAUUUCAUUCUACCUUUUCGUUGGUCAUGAGAGCCAAAGUUUGCACUGGGAGCAUUUUUUACAAUCUAUAUUAUUCUAAAUGAUAUAUGGUUUUCUUAAACUAAGCAUACUUUUAGUAACAUUACAUUUGAACUUCACGAGUACUUGAUUUAUUUCUCACUAAUACUAAACAAAAUGUUGGUCAGCAAGUCUGUAGCAAAACGAAAUUGAUGCAAAACUUAUUUUGUCUGGGAAAUGUUUGACACACCUGUUUCAGACAUCUAUCACUAAUGUAAGACUACUUUCAGUUAGAACAUGUGCAAUACAUCUAGUGCUGAUUUCCUCACAUACUUGUGACGGUCAGUGCUGGAGCUACGCAGAAAAGGGUUUAAGGGAUUCUUUUAGAAUGAACCAAAACUGUAUGUUUGUAUUAUUCAUUUAUUUUCUUUGAGGAGCCAAGUCAAAUACUGUAUCUCAUGCUGAGCUAUGCAAGUGAAUAUCUUACAAAAGUUAUGUUGUUAUUACAUAAAGUGAAAUAAAAAGGAAAAUGUGAAAGUAAAUGUAGCUGGAUAUUUGGAUAAGCUGUCACCAAGAGGAACAUGCUGUAUUAGGAAGGGUUAUAAUUGCCAACUUUACAACUGUAGUGUACCAUAUAGCAAUAAUUGUGUGAAGUGUGUUUGUGUCACAUCCCAUUCUCUUUAUUAUGAAAGAUGUGGUUCACUUUGUCAUGGAGAGAUGUGCUGAAAAGUUGUGAACAUGUUUAAUAUUUAAUAACCAGAUCGGUUCACAAUGCAUGAUAUUUUUUAUCGCUGUUUUGAAACAUUGAAACAAAUGCUCAAAGCUCCAGUAUGGCAAUAUUGGAUGUUCACUCAAGCACAGACCUUACUUUACUUUGUUUAAGGGCAUAGAUGUUUUUCAUGUGAGGCAAUUCGACUUGUAAUGGCAGAAACAGCAGACAUGUAUACAACAAAGACCCCAAAGUGUACACAUUUAAAGUGUCAUGAUGGGCCUGUAACUGUGACAUUUAAAUAUAAUGCAACCACUCGUUUGGCAAAGUUUUUUUAUUAAUGACACUUUUCCUGCUAUAAGAAGCACAUUAGUGUAUCCCAUGUAAAAAUCUAUACAUCCAUAGUCAAUUUAACAUUUCAGUCCACUUAUGUGGCAGUGUGUUCGGAAGGCGGUGUUAUGAGUCACAUCUUCAGCCUUAACUAAGAAAAAUCCGACCUCAUUUUUGUUUUCCGUGUGCUGUUAUAUUUCACAAUGUGAAGAUUAUUUUUUUGAAAACUGAAGCACUGCUUGUUACAAUGGACUUCAAGUGUUCCUAUUAUGUAACAACUUCUGACAUGCUGGAGAAAAAAAAUCUGUUGUGAAAUAAAUGAUCUAUGACAA